UGUAGCCGGGAAGCUGCACCAGUCUCCGCCGCAGAGAUUUGACUGCUGUCACAAAGGAACAGAAAAAAGUUUUCGUGCUGGAGGGCGACGCUCCUGAGCCGCCGGAGCCGCGACCUGCAGACUGAUCCCAGUCCUGAUCCCAGUCCCGAUCCGAGCGAGCGUCUCCUGGCAGAGAGAGGGAGGCGGGUUGCCACUGGUUGCAGAAGGUGACUCCACACUUCAGACAUUACUCCUGGCUUACAGAAUAUUACGAUGGCUGACCGCUUUGACUGUGACAACUGCAAGGAGUCCUUGUAUGGCCGCAAGUACAUCCAGUCAGAUGACAGUCCCUACUGCAUCCCCUGUUACGACAGCCUCUUCUCAAACACAUGUGAUGAGUGCAAAGAGCUGAUCGGCCAUGACGCAAGGGAGCUCUUCUACGAGGACCGGCAUUAUCAUGAGCACUGCUUCCGCUGCUUCCGCUGCGAUCGCUCGUUGGCGGACGAGCCUUUCACCAGCCAGGAUGACGCGUUGCUCUGCAAUGACUGCUACUGUAAUGAGUUCUCGUCCAAGUGUGUAGCCUGCGACAAGAUCGUCAUGCCAGGUACGAGGAAGCUGGAGUAUGCGGGCUCUACAUGGCACGAGGGCUGCUUCAUCUGUCACAGCUGCGAGCAGCCGAUUGGCUCCAAGUCCUUCAUCCCCGACAAGGAUGAACACUACUGUGUGUCCUGCUACGAGGACAAGUUUGCGCCACGCUGCACACGCUGUAAAAAGACCCUGGCUAAAGGUGGCGUGACCUAUCGGGACGAGCCGUGGCAUAAGGAGUGUUUUGUGUGCACCAGCUGUAAGACGCAGCUGGCGGGUCAACACUUCACCUCCCGAGACGACAGCCCUUACUGCCUCAAGUGCUUUGGCAGCCUGUACGCCAAGAAGUGCGAGGCCUGCAGCAAACCAAUCACAGGUUUUGGAGGAGGAAAGUACAUCUCAUUUGAGGAUCGCCAGUGGCACCAGCCAUGCUUCACCUGCUCCCAGUGCUCUGUUUCACUGGUGGGCGCCGGCUUUUUCCCCGACGGCGACAGGAUCUUGUGCCGCGACUGCAACAGCAACCUAUAGAGCAGUCACGCACCGCGUCCUCGCCCUCCCCUUGACUUACCUUCCACCCUUCGUCACAGCAUUUCAAGAACCGAGGAAGGUAACGCAGGCUAACAAAUGCUGCCUCUCAGGUUGUUUUUAUAUUAAGAGAUCAGUUCCUCGUGGUGCCUGUCUGGGUCAGAUUUUCAUCCAGGAGCUAGUGCGCAAAAUCCUUCUUUUGAUGCUGCAUUGGUUGAAUGAACGACCACAAACAUUUCCUCUUUAACCAAAAAGUUCAUGAUUUUGUGAAACAAAGUUAACGGAGUGCCUUAUGAAUAACAUUACUUAUGUACUUUUGAACUAUUGUACUAUUGAACCAAAGAAAUGCAAAAUGCUAGCCACUUUGCAAAAAAAAAAAACAAUCCUAUUUUACAAAAAAAAGUUGCCACUUCAGGUAGAGGUCAGACUCUGAAGAGAAGACACAGAACACUGAUACAGUAUAGCAUGUAAACCUUACAGUGUGUAUUUCAAAGUAUGGUGGAGGUACUGUUGUGAUGCUCUUAUAACUGCAGUUUUAAGCAUUUUUGAUUACAAUAUGUCAGAAAGUAAAAGCAAGAAGAAAAUUUAGAAAAACUGAGGUAGUUUAUGGUAGAUAUGAUCAGUAAAGUCAUUUGCACUUUGGAUAAGAUAUUCUCUUGCUACCAUGUUAUGUGCACAUAAAAACACAAUUAAAAAAACAUGGCACACAGACCACUUUUUUUUUGUCACGUAUCUGCUUUUGUUGAACUUUGCAAUGACACUUAUUUUUACAUAAAGUUUCUUCUUAUUUCUGUCUGUUUCAGUUGUUGUAUUGAACCUUGUUAUCACGGUUGCUCAAAGAGCCAGCAUUUAUAACCUGAAGCUGAAAUGAAAUGCAGUGCUGUUGUGUAUUGCGGGAGUAUGCAUGUCUACAUCUGCCCUGAUUCGCCUCAAUAAUUAUUCUGUUGCUGUUAACGCUGUUAGUGUUUUGUUUUGCAUUGUUUGUAACGUGUAUGUGACAAAUUAUUAAGAAAUUCCUUUAUUUCAUUAUUUCAGCUUUGAUGCUGGUGAGUCAGAGUUGGCAAAUAUACAUUUAAAUAUGGAAAAAACUCCACUGAGGCGAUAACAGUAUGAACUUACUGUAAAAAAAAAAAAGAUGAUAAUUGAUAUGGCUGAGUGCUACAUGUUUAGUUUUAUUUGUGAAGGCUUAUUAAAUAAAUUUACACUG